AUGGUUGAAAAAUGGAAGAAUUUGGAAGAUUGUGUCUGGAAAAGAUCUCUUAGAACCUGGGAUAAGAACCAGUUAAAUGAAAUCUUCUCACUAAUACAGCAGAUAUCUCUUGAAGAAAGACAGGAUUCUAUCAAAUGGUCAGCUAGUCCACAAUCUUACAGUUCUAAAAAAGGAUAUAGUAUUAUAAUGGGGUUAGAUAAUUCUGGUGUUGAUGAAUGGAGAAAAAUUUGGAAUUAUAGAAUACCCCCAAAGAUCCUAAUAUUCCUGUGGAAAUCCUUUCAUGGAGUUCUACCACUCAAGAAGUUGUUAAAGGAAAGAAUGACUGGUGUUCUGGACUCUAGCUGCAGUCUUUGUGCUAAAGACGAUGAGACAAGAGAACAUUUGUUCUGGGACUGUCAAACAGUUAAAUCUAUUUGGUCUACUUUCUUUGAUUGGUGGAAUAUAAGCAGAAGUGUAACACAAAGGAAUGGCAAUUUCUUUCAAAUCAUUAGACUGGUCAAAGGUACUGAACUUAAAAUUGCUUGGUCUACCUCAGUUAUAGCACUGCUUUGGACCAUCUGGAUAGCAAGAAAUAAAUUGGUCUAUAGGAACACUAAAUGGGAGUUGGAUCAAGUGAUAUGGUUGGUUAAGAUCAGGGCUUUUAAGUGGUUACAAGCUGCAAACAAACGUAACAUGGGUUUGGAAAACUUCUGGCAAGUUAAUCCAAGAGGAGCCUGUCUUCUUUUUAACAAAAAGCACAGAAGAAUGGAUUAUAUUUGGUGCAACUCUACUGUGAUAGGUUUUUCAGAUGGGUCAUGGAAAAUCACCAAUGGUGGGAGUAAAAGAAGUGGCAUUGGUGGCUGUAUAACAGAUUUAGAAGGCAAUUUGUUAUAUAUUUUCUCUGGUCCAUGCUUAGCUAAUAGUCCACUUGAGGCUGAGAGGGAAGCACUCUUAUUUCUCUUUCAAAGGAUCAAGGACAAUUCGAAUCUACAAGGUAUAUUAACUCUUUGUACGGAUUCAAAAAUUGUUAGGAAUCAAUAA